CUGAACAGUUGUCUCUGAAAUUAUAUGAUAACUCAUUAAAUGUGAACAAUGCAGAAGAAUUGGAUGUGCAAGUCAGAAAAAGAUGUCUGCAAGACUACUGGAAGAAAGCAAAAGAAAUUUUACACAGAAUAAACUCAAUUGAAAAACAGCAUGAUGAGGAAGGAGUGCAAGGAGAAAUAUUUGUAGACGAAUCUUCAGUAGCCAAUUCUGAAGCAUUAAAAUCCCAUGAAGUGAAUCCUGUUGAUCCAAAGAAGUACACAGAAGGAACACAGAAAGAUGUCUGUUGUCCACAGUUGACCUCAAAGUUGAAUUAUCAGGUUCUUGCUUCAUCUGUAACUUCUGCUCCACAAAAAGAUGAAACGGUGAACACUGUGGAUGCAGCUCCUACCAGACAAAGUGAACAGAGCAACAUUCCAUGUUCAGUCACUGAGCUGCAAACAGACAGUGUACCUCAAAGUCACAAUAUAAAUGGAAAAACUGCCUUUGGAAAAAAUCAGUCUGGUCUUCAGGCAGGUGAACAAUUAUUUAAACAACCAGCAGAGACUGUUAGAAAUAUGAAACCGACAUGCAUAUCAGAUUCAUUCUGCUCAGAGAAAACUGAGAGAGUCAAAAGUACUUCAGCUACACCUUCAUCCCAUAAAAUGGCAGAUUUAAGAUGUUUGGGUUGCACAGCAGGAGGACUGUCCUUGAACAGUAAAACCUUCACCAAGAUGUUGCAGAGCUGCCUGCACAGGUGUGAGCACCACAGAGUCAUCCUGGAGGCUGAAGAAAGAUACCGAGGGGAGCUCCGCAGGGUGGCUGCUGGUAACAGCAGCAGACCUGCAACUCACCAGAAAAUGCUGCUGGCCCCAGUGAAGAAAGACAGGCUGCAUAAAGAAAUACCAACUUUUAGCAGCAAGAAGGAUGGUUUCCAAAGCAUUCUUUUGACUCCAAAUAGAAAAGACAAAUCUAAUACUAUAAAGAGAGAUGAACAUAGUAGAAAUAUUAGGUGGACUAGCAACUAUAACUUGACACCUGCAUAUGAAAAGUCUUUACAAAAAAACCAAGAUGCUAACCUGAAGAGACAGAGAGUCAAAGAGAUGUGCAGCCAGAAAUGUCAGCACUUAAAAGAAAAUUGCAUUCAUUCACUUGACAAAGAUGAGGGUAAGGAAACGUGUUCCCUGGCCACGAGCAUGAGACCUUUGAACAAGAGAAGAGUCCGAAAAGAUUUCACAACUGAAGAAAUCAACUGCCUUUUGAAAGGCGUUCAAAAAAUGGGCAACCACUGGAAUUUGAUUUUGUGGUCUUACCCUUUCCAGAAAGGACGGACAAGCGUUGACCUUUCCAAGAAGUACUACAGGUUACAAGUGCAGAUGAAAAAAGCCCACAAAGGACAUCAAUAACAUCAUCUGUGAGAGCUUUGGAUUUUGUUGCAGAAUGUUCAAGAACAGCCUUUGUAAUAUUGAGGUAUUGCCAGGACAACUUGAGCCCUUGGAGAAUUUAGGUUGGUUUGGACUCCUGUUUUUCAGUGGCAACUGACAGAAUUGUUAUGCAUUAUAAUUUAAAUUUACCAUAACUUGACAAAUUAUUUAAGUAAUGCUAUCAUAGGCAACAGAAUCUCUAUCAGUAAAAAUUACAUUAAUUUGGAACUUAAUUUAACCUUCUUGAGCAUUUGAUCUAUGCAAUUUUGAGUUAACUUUUUGUGGCUUGCUCUGUACCAUUUGUCAGAAAAGGAUGUAUUGCUAAAAUGAAUACUUUAUGCCUGAAAUUGCUGUUAAUGUUGUUGUGUCUGAAUCUGUUUCCUCUUAAUUAAAUGAAAUGUUUAAAGCAGGUAGAAUAUUUUGUCAUGUGUUGAAUAUGCUGCAUGUGCAGAAAAAUAUCUUUGUGACAGAAAACACUGAAUGUGUGGUUAAACACUGCUGCACAGAAGAGGCAAAUCUUUCACUGCUACAGAAAUUCUGUACUCACUGUUGAACUGAGCAGUACUUGUAGAAUUUGGCUUCUGUUUAUAGUUGGACAGUUUUCUGGUGUAUUUUUCAAAUA